AUGUCGAUCGCGGUAAGCGAUGGAUCACUUCAGAUAAAUGGGAUUAGACCAGAAGGCGAAAAUCAAUUGACUCGUCAACUUUUUCAAGAUUACACAAAUGAUGCCUUCAAAGAGCCAAGGAAAGAAAAAGAGAAAGCCGACUGUGAAAAUGAUGACGAAAAUGGAGAACAGAGCAUUGCUUCAACAUCAAAAAGAUCAAUCAUCGAAAGCAAUGGACUUCAUUAUACAAUUCAUCAAAUAUCUACAGAUAUUCAACCACCAUGCGAACUAGGCCCCAGCGAAAGUUCCCCAAAAAAUGAUCGAAAUGAAGAUUCCGAUGAUGCCCAAAUGUUUUCGUCGUUAGAUUUCAUGUUGCUGAAUAAUAAUCUAAACGAACUUUUGCAACAACAAUUGAAUCAAGAACUUCAAAGAGACACCGGCUCACCCAAUUCGGUCAAUAUACGUACAUCGCCAUCUCCUUGGAUGCGAAAUGCAGGCCGUAAAAAGAGUCAUCCAGUUUGGAAUUUCUUUCGAGAUCUCAAGGGUGUCGAGGGUACAACUGGAGGCGUUAUGUGUCUCCAUUGCGAAUGGACAGGCGAUGAUCGCUCACCAAAUAAUCUAAGGACUCAUCUCAAGCGUUGCCAUAUGAUCGACGGAAUUUAUCAACGAUUCUCAGCUAAGCUCGCCGUUACUCCAACACAACCAUACGUGAAAAGAGCUCGAGCUGGGACAGGGACGAGUGGAGCCGACACUCCGAUGACCCCACAACCAUUGGCUACUGGCACUGAGCAAGCGACGGAUUUGGCCAAGAAACCAUUUUCUUUUCUUGAGUCGAUUCCAAAAAUUAAUGAAGUGCUAAAUAUUUCGGCUGGCUUUACCGCGACAACCAAGGAAAAUGAAAAUGUGGAGCAAAUACUGGGAACGCACGAGGUUCCUUGUGCUCCUUCCGGAUCACAUGGUGAUGAUUCGCCUAUCCAAGCCGAUGAUUGUUCUUCUUCUGAAGGGAUUCCUUCUGCAAACUCUCCACCAAAUAUUCCCGUGAAUCCCUUGAGUAGUCUAUUAUGUUCCGUUGCCGCAAAUCCACUUGCCUACAUGACUGCCAUGCAAGCUUUAGUCGGGUCAUCCUCCCUUUUGCAGCAAUAUCAGUUGAGGGCUGCGUCAAGUGCAGUUUGUGAAAACAUAGCCCUACCAACCCCAAUCGGCCCAGCUUUAUCACCAAGUUCUGCAUUCACAUUGAACGAAGGUUCAUGUGUGACGCAGUUGAUGAAAAUGGCAAUCGAUUUAGAUCUAACCAUGUCAUAUCAUCGACGAAGAGGCGAUGUUGAGAUGUGUUUUGAGAGUAACCGAACGGCCGAGAAAAGCGGCGCUCGGGGCAAAGUUUUGUGUUUAACGGAUUGUGGACGAGAGAUACGAGUGACCGAGCGCACAAAUGGAAACGUGACCGAGUCGGAGUUGUGGACAAAGACUGAUUUCAGUCAAUUUCAUUGGGCGAUUCGGGGUCGAUGUCAGAAACUUUUGCUCCGA